AUGGGCAGGGAAAUGAAUGGCUUGGAAUGUUCUAGAAUGGCUGAAACAAGACUCGAAAAAUUAAUUUAUGAAUUUCCAGGAAUCCUGAAAGAGUCACUUCGAUCCAACCGAGUACAGGCUUGCGAUGGGGAGAGGAUCACGUUGAGCUGCCCCAGAAAUACCCAGAUUUCGGUUCAAACUGGGUACAACCAAGAAAAUUCCAGAUUCUAUGGUCGUGUGGUGCCAGAGAAUCAAUUGUGUCCCCCACAACCUGGCCGGAAGAUUCCAGAAGCGCUUUCAGAUCCCUUAGCUCUCAUCCACCAUUCCAGCACUUGUGAUGUCAUUCAAGCGCAUACGGUAAGGUUAAGCUCAAUUAGAAUCUCGGAACUCUGCGACAAACGCCGAAAGUGUACAGUAGUCGUGGAUUCGAAUACAUUUGAAGAUGAUCCAUGUCCAAUGACAUCUAAAUAUCUUCAAAUGGCAUAUGGAUGUAUUCCGAUGUCGUUCGAUGAGGAGACGUUCUGCACACCGAAGCCCACGGAACCAUCUCGUCCAGAAAUUCGUCUAGAGUGUCGGGAAGGAAGACGUCUGGCUGUGUAUUCCGCACAAAUGAAGACGUCGCCACAGUGUGACCCAGACACUGAGAUUAGGCAUGAAACGUUGAUUAUUUUUUCUCCAGAAUGCGUCUCGGAUGUUCUACCACAAGUUCUUCGUCAGUGUCAUGCCAAAGAGGGGUGCACGCUGAAAAGUGAGGAAAUCAAGGGACACUGUAGACACGGACACCUUCAUGUGGUGUAUGUAUGUGUUAAUGAAGAGAUAUUCUCGGAAGAAGCCAUUAAAGGAGAGUUGACGACACUGGAUGCGUAUUUGAAGGAAGCAGAUGCACUUCAAAAGCAAGAAGACGAGCGAUUCUUUAAGGAUGUGAAUGACAAAACUCAAUGGGAACAAGUUGUAGACAGCGAGCCGGCUAGGGAUCCAGACGUACAUCAGAUUGCUAAUGAUGCAUCCUACGUAACCCAUGACGAGUACCGAAUGGAGAAGCAGGACCCUCCACCGAUCACCAAGCGAGUCGAGCCGAAUCUCGUCGGCGUCGGACACGACCUGCUCCAAGUUGUUCAAUUUUUCAAAGAAAACAAGGAGAAGGCAGUGAUGUGUAUUGUUUUGGCAGUUAGUAUGGCUGCUAUCGUGGUCCUUUCGGCGUGUAUCAUCACAAGACUGUGCACUUCGAACAAGGAUCAUUCGAGGAGUUCGAGAAGAUCCAGAAGUCGAAGAUCUUUGGAGACUAGCAAAUUGGUUUCUUCUAAUUACGGCGGCUCGAUCACCCCUCAACACAUGCUCCAAGACAUCGAGGAUGAGCAAUUCCUGCGAUUCUCCAUGGGCUCGGCGGCAAAUUCAAAUCCCCAUUACAGCCAUUAUGACUUCUAA